GACACCUCAGGCCAGAAAACUGACCUCAUUGUUUCCAUUCCAGGAGGGAAAAAGGUUGGCAUCAACCCUAAGAUUAAUAACCUGAUGCCAGGUUAUGAGGGGGCAAAGUAUGACCUGGUGUGGAUCUGCGACAGCGGAAUACGAGGUAUGAAACAAACUCUGUGUCCCAAAUGGCACCCUGUUCCCUACACCCUGGUCAAAAGUAGUGCACUACGUAGGGAAUAGGGUGGUAUUUGGGACACUUCCUUACACUUGAUUUUAUCAUAACAACAGAGCAGGGAGCCACCCUGUUUCUUUCUUAUUACUAUGGCUGAUGUGUCUCCCAUUAGAUCAUGGAGGUUCCGUUCAGCUCUAGUUUUGAACCUUGAACCUAGAUCAUCAGGCUUUGAUUGCUUUACAUACAAACAUGUUACUAGAUUCAAGUACUGCAGUUAGAUGAAAUACUUUGAGCAUGAUGAGUUAAUUUUAGAUUCCAUUGCCUGAUCUGUAAAAGCCCUUGGUGACAACGAUUGAUUGAUUGGCCAAUCCUGGCCUCUUCCUCGCCAGUGAAACCCGACACCCUGACGGAUAUGGCCUAUCAGAUGACGGAGAAGGUUGGGUUGGUCCAUGGCCUUCCCUACGUGGCCGACAGACAAGGAUUCGCUGCUACACUGGAGCAGGUGAGCAUCCAUAGAGAACGGCUCUUCCACCUCAGCUCAUCUUUCUGCCAUUCCUUCCUCACCUCCUCCUCCAGUGUAUAA